CUACAAAUGCACGAUUUGUGGCCGAAAGUUGUCGAGGAAACAAAGACUCGAAACUCACUUGAGUUGUGUUCAUGGCAAAGGUGAGAAAUAACACAAGCCAAUCACAGUUUUGAAUGCGACUACAAAUCGUCUUUUACCCUCAUAUUUAUAAAAGAAGGAUACCACAUUAGGAAAUAUAAGAGAUACCUAGAUGAUCCCAGUGUACCAGUACCUAAAUCUACAAAGCUUGACCGUAGCAAGCACCAAAAAUAAAAAGAUGUAAUAUUUUUUGGGAGAUCCAGUGACUGGAACAUUUAAGAAAUUAAGUUAUGAAAGGAAACUUGGUUUGUACUUCUCAUUACUGGCAAGUCUUGUUGACAAAUAUUUUCAGAUCAGAGUUUCAAAUAAAGUAAAUUGAAGACAUCAUUUAAAAGGUGUUUUUUCUCAAAGGGAACAUGGACUACCUCUGUCUUGUCUGCAUGCCAAAUGUUUGCAAAGUGUGUGGAUGAUCCACAAGUAUUGGAACUCUUACAAAAAUGUUUUGUAAGAAUAAAAACAGCAAAACAAAUUACAGCAAUUAGUCACGAAAACAGAGCAAAAAACUGAAAAAAAAAAAAACAGCAACAACAAUCAUGAAAAAAGAAAGAUUAAUUAGGUGUUGAAUUUGUUUGUCUAAGGCAUGAAAUUUCUACUAAAAAUAGUGUCAACAAAAAGUCUCAGACAGUGUUUGAGGCAACUGAGCUUGACUGUUCCAAGGUUUUCUAACAAAGGCAACCAGUAAUGUUGGUUAGGAAAGUAACUUAUUUUCAUAACUAACAAAGUUCUUUAAGUGUAGAUAACAAUGUAAUUAUUGUUAAUUAUUGUGGAAGUUGUGUACCAAGGAACAGCUAAUUAAUGUGUGAUGAUUUUGGCACAUCAGUGAACAUGAGACAUUAAUUUGCAUCACAAUAAAAAUAUUUUAUGAUCAUGGAAUCCAACAGUCCUUUUAGGUUAGAAAGCAAAUCUGUGAUAGGAGUACAUUGGAUUAAUUGGCAAUUUCCAUUUAACAUAAUUGACUGCUGGUUCAUGAGAAAAUCCAUAUUAAUGUAGAGAUUUACUAAAACUUAGUUUGAAUAAUAAAUUUUAUGAUCUUUAAGUUAUAAACAUAUACAUGUAUGUAUAUCUCUUGGUAAGUUUUGUAUAGCAUACCUUUUAUUGAGCCAAAGUUUUAAGCCUCUGAAAUUACUCCUUUUCUUAAAACCUUCACAUUCUAGGUAUUGAGAAUUUCUUAGAAUUUAUGUAGACCUCAGGGUAUUUAAAUUGCCUCAAAUUCAAUUCCCAGAAAUUCCCAAGAAUUCCACCCUUCUUAAAUUAUAGGUAGUUUGUAUAGCUGAGAAUUCCUAGGAAUUCCAAGGAAUUCCAAGUCCUCACAAAACUGGAAUCUUCCUUUCCCAGAAAUUCCCAGUAAUUCCAAGCUUUUUAAAAAUCUCGCAGUGCUUCUACAAGGGCAGUACAAAUUGGGUACCUAAAAUUAUCUGGGAAAUGAUAAAAACCUCUUGUGGUAACCUGCUAUGUCCCAAUAUCCCAUUCAGGAGGAUAAUCAAUACUCUAAGUCAACUUAGGCAGAAACUGGGAUAAGUAUGGGUUGUACUUAUCACUCAGCACAAGGGUGACAUUUGCUAAGGGUUAGGGUCAUAAUAUGUUAUUGUACAUAGUCAAAAGAGGCUUCCAUGAUGUUUUUAAACAACAGAUCUGCAAUAUUUUGUUGACUGUGAUGCAGAUUGAAUUAAAGUGAACUUUUAGGUCAUGGUUAGGUAAAUUUGUUCUGUGAUUAAUAACCUUUAAGUCAAUUUUUUUUAACUAGAUUGGUGGACUGUUUUUCAUCUAUGAACCUCGUUUUUCAUGAGAUGAUAAAGUAGUUGUUGAAGAGUUUGAAUGUCCU